CCCGUCUUACGACUUUCAGCGCCGCCAAACAAUCCUGACUCUGAGCGCACCAUACCCGUACAUUUCGGCUCCCUGCUUCGUACUGCGGUGACUGUGACUGUCACGGGUCUCCUUACGCGAUGGCGUCCCUUCUCAGCGCUACAGACGCACUCGCCCAGGGCCUCGCCCAGGAUGAUGUCGACACCCUCCCGGAAAGGCUCGGGACAAUACAGGCCAUUCUCGAGGACUACCGCAAGAGCCCCUUCUUUGCGGCCGAGGAAAAGCUGCUGCGCGUGCUCCUCAAGCACAUGGCCACCCAGUCUGCAACCGCCGAGCGCCUCCGACGAUAUCCGCCCGUCUGGGACGUACUGCGCAUGCUGUUUCCCUUGAUAUUGCUGAAGCCGCUGGCCAAGGCGCUGGCGGACCGCCGCUUCGUCCGCACCCUGCGGCAGACGCUCAAGGAGAUCGCGGCGCCGCAGCAGGAGGCAGACCAGACGAACGGGGCUGACUCGGAUGUGGAGAUGGCCGAUGCGCCUGCUCUGGAAAGUCCCGCGAGCCCGAGCCCGAGACCGAGCCCGAGCCCCCGGAAGCGGAAGAGGCCCGACGCUGCCAGCUUCGAUCUCGCCAUCCAGAGGCAGGCCGGAGGUUGCCUGCAGACCGCCGAGGCGGUGUUCCACGCCGUCCGGGUCCUCCUGGAGCUUUGCGACGGCCGAUCCCGCGAGGAACCGCUACAUAUCUGGGUCGGAGCCGAACACAUCAAGUCAAUGUUCUAUACGUCUGCGACGGAGUCUAUGGCGCUUCUCGUCCCUUGGCUCAGUGUUUGCCGCCUUGCUGUGGAUCGGCCCAAACCUAAACCCCUCAGCGAACAGUCCUCGUGGCUUUCCACGUUCGCUGCCUUGUGGGAGCUUCACAUGCAUCUCUCUGGCGAUAUAUCCGAAGUCGCCACUCAUCUCUUUAGCCCGGCCGCUCGGCUCUUGGGUAGACUGACGGGCGUCCCGCACCAAACACCCCUCGGCAUCGACAAGGCCGUCGUGGACCAGUGGGCUAGAGACCUACGGCGUUUCAUGGCACGUCACUUUGUUCUAGAGGCCAGAGCCGCAUUUCAAAACCGGGGAGGCCAGGAAGUACUAGAAGUGCAGACCGCACUGAGCGUGUCGAGUCCCUCCGCGCAAAUCACUUUCCCCGUUCUCUUUGGCCUGGUCUGCAGAUCACGGCCUGAAUCCGCUGGCACCGCUCCCAGCAAAGACUAUGAAACAUGGGUCCAGGCUGUGUUCGACGCGAUCCUGCAUGCUGCGAAGGAUACCAGUCGCGACAACGGCCUCGUAGCUGUGCGGACGAUCACCGAGAUGGCGGCAGAGAGGGGCACCACGCUGUCAGCGUCCAGUCUCCGAACCGUGUGCAAGGACUACGCCAUUCGGAAGAACGGGAUCGACUGGAAUCUGCUCCUCGCCAUCGUUAAGCUCAACCCGGAUGUCUUCCUGGUCUCCGACCCCGGCAAGCAGCUCCUCGAGCAGGUCCUGGAGGCGGCGAGAGAUCCAGGCCGCUUAGACGCCCAAGAUUCGGAUCGGGCCGCGCGGUUCGUCGUCUUGCUUGCCGAUGGCUAUGCCCAGGCUCGUGAUCUGUCGGGCUUCGUCAAGCUCUGGCUGAAGCACCUGGCUCCCGAUACGCCCAAAAGCAAUCUCCGACCGGUGUGGGCGCAAGAGGCUCUUGCCGAUGAAGUUGCGAAGCUGAUCCAGACGUCCUUGACCCCCACGCAGUUGGUUGCGAUCCUGGACUGGCUCUCGUCGCAGACGCAACCGACGGAGAGCAUGGCAAGGUUACACAUCCUCGAAGCCGUCUCCAGGGGAAUCUCCCUCGACGAUUUCGUUGACGCUGCAAACAUGAAGAUCUUCGAGGGAGCUUUCCUCGAGGAGUUCUCCAAGAAGGAGUUGCCAGCCGUCUCUGCGCGCCGGUGGAUGGUUGCCUCGAGGGCAAUGGCCAGAGGCACCUCCGAUGAAGCUCGCCAUGUCUGGUCACGUAUCAAGUCAGAUAUCAAGCGUGUUCUUCGGAAGUUUCCCAUCGAGCGGGAAGAUACUUUCGCUGCUUUCAAGUGCUGCGCCGAAGUUUGGCUUGCAAAAUUCCCCGGGAGCGCCCACGAGGAUGAGGCCGCCACUCUGAUAUGUUCGUUCGCCGAGAGGCUUGAAAACGCGGGCGAGCCGGGGGAGCUAGAGCCCUCCGACGGCCGCUCGUCUGUCAGCAGAUGGACCUACGUGUCUUGGAUCCUCUCCGAUGCGCCCCGCCUCAUGAGGCUGCUCAUUGCGAGGGAUAGUCCGAUAGUCAACGUUAUCCUAUCUCUCCUUGAUGUGUCCAAAGGCGCAGAUCCGGCACGCGUCGAACGUGCCCUCGCGGUCUCUCGGCUGCUACUGGAACGCGAGCCGAGCGUGAGCAACCGGAGGCUGAUGGAUCUAUUGAUUGACAGGGUCCUAUCCAUGAUCGAUCCCUCCAAGUCAACGAGAUCGGGACCUUCAACGAAGAUUGCCAUCCAGUUCCUCCUCGAUAUCCCAGCUGAAAUACCAAAUCGGGGCCAACGAGAGGCUGCUAUGAAGUCCUUGGUAGCCCAUCUGACGGGAGAUGAAGGCAAGGGAGGCGCUAUCGGUGCGGAGGACUGCGAGUCGGUGCUGAGUCUUAUGACCAAGUUGAUGGCCCGACCAACAUAUUACGAGGGCAUGUGUUUCUCCCACUUGGCAUCCCUCGGACGAUGGAUUGCGAAGAUACAUGAACGCUCAAACCGCCGCUCCCACGAAGAGCUAGCCAUGGACGACGUCUCCAAAAUCCAUGACAGGUUCAGGCUGUUGUUCCAGCUAGCAGUCCUGAGCAUACGGCAAAUGACCAGUGGGGGUCCCGACGAACGCGAGAGGCCUUACCUCCAAGGCGCUAUGUCGUUGCUUCAAAGUCCGUGCAAAGAUCCUGAUAUUGUGCCGCGAAUCGUGCUUCUUCGAGCCUUCAUCUCCGUCGUGCGUGACUCGCCCGCUGCCAAAAAGAUGAACGGGAGCGACGGCUUGGACCUGGCGAGUCUCCAAGACCGCCUUCUUCGACUCGCGUCGCCCGCUGUCAAGUCCGGAAACCGGAACGGUGAUGGGUUGUUGACCCUCCUUGUGGCGCUGGAGGCCCUGUGCGAUUUAGAUGGCGAGGAUGUGAGGCUAGCGCUCUCGGACGCUGUCCCCUCGCUGCUUGAGGCGAGCGACUCGCUUCUCAAGAGCCGUGCGCACGCCGGCUGGGAAGUGCGCACGUUCUUGGCCACUCACUUCCUUGAUAGGCUCGCGAGACCGCUGGAGAUCAAGAUGGCGGUCGCUGCUCCAGAUGCCACUGGUGACGGUCAAAGAUCAGGGCCCAUCAAGUCUGCCAAAGCGCUGGACAAGCCCGCUCUGCUGAGGUAUGUCGAUGCUGUCGUGCGCUCUGCCGACGAAGACAGAAAACUCGGGUAUCUGGAGGAGCUGCUGCGCGAGGACGGCGACAAUCAAGACGCGCUUGGUUGCCUGUUGGUCAGCUACCGUCUGAUUCAGCAUCUCAAGGGCUCCCGACUACCCGAGGACAUCAAGCAAUUUGGCCUGGCGCAAGCCCACUACGCGCUCUGCGAUCGACUCGAGAAAGCAACAUCCCCGGCAACCUUCCUCCUCACAUCAAAGGCCAUCCAUCUCCUGAUCGACCAGAACCCGGCGUGCAUGACGCAGUUCAACAUCGGCCGCACGCUCAGCUGCGUCUUGACAGUCUCCGCGCGGGCCUCAACGCCGGCCCUGGUCGCCGAAUCGCCCGACGUCUACCCGUCCCUCUGCCGCCUCGUGGCGAUGCUCAUCAGGCGCUACCGCAAGCGCCUCGAAGACAGCUUCCACAUCCUGGUCGACACCCUGCAGGGCCUCCUCCGCCUGCUGCUCUCCCGCCCCCACGAGGAGGCCGCCACCGCCGGCCCGGCGACGGCGACGACGCAAGAAGAGACCUGGGCCAGAGACGCGCGGCACUUCUCGCGCCUGCUGACGCUCAUCUGCGAGCCGGCGGUCGGCUCGGGCUCGACCUCAGCCGUGCAGGGCAGCGGCGGCCCCCGGCCAGCCGCGCUCGACUCGGAGAAGGACCGGGCGAGGCGGUUCGCCGGCCAGUUCAUGUACUACGUGCUGAUGGCGUACGUGCGGCUGCAGGUGGAGGAGCACGGGGCGGCGGCGGCGGUGCCGCACGCGGUGCGGGCGGCGCUGGAGCCGGGCAUGUUCGCCAUCAUGGACGUGACGACGCGCGGCGGCAAGGGCAUCAUGAGCGCCGCCAUGGACGCGAGCACGCGGGCGGUGCUGAGGGAGAUGUACAAGCGGUAUGAGCGGUUUGGCAAGUGGACGGGUGUGUGAGCGGCCGAGAUGGUGGAGCUGUGUGUGUCUGUGUGUAUCCCGAUAUAUUGCAGUGCAUGGUAUAUACUCGC